GAGAAAGACCCGGUGAACGCUAAUAAAGGCUGUUGACAAAUGAAUUAAAGUUUCCGAAUUCGAAUUUCCCGCCGAUUUGCAGUGAGUGGUGAAAAGGCUAUUUCUAUUUAGAGCUGCAUACGAAAAAUCUAAUAGUUGAGCAUUAUCAGCCAGCGUAGACCUUUUAUCACCUAUUGUUUUAUACAGUAUAUUAGAUCCAGAUAUUAAUAUGAAACGGCAUCAUAGUAAAUAGCCAAGUGAAAGUGAUAACCGUGUGGAGAAAAUUACACAGAAGCGAAAUUGCUUUCAGCCUAUCAUUGCUUAGCUCCAGGUGUGACGUCGGCACACCACAACAACCGCCUAUAUGCCUUUCCCAUUCAAGAGCAAAACCUACAAAGCUGAGGCUGUGGAGCGUCAGGCCUCUGGAACUGCCUCUGCCCAGACUAUGGGUAAUGGGGCCAGCGCUACGCACAUAGUGGCUGACGGGGAGAGCUAUGAUCUUCAGAAGAUUAAAAUCCUUCUCCCCCAGCUCAAACGAGAGCUUAAAGAGAAGGAUCUUAAGAUUGAGGAGUACCAAAUGGACUUACAAGAUAAAAAUAAGAGAAUAAGAGAACGUGAUAUCGAGAUACAGCGACUUAGAGAAGAGGUGGAUAAAUUAAAAUCAGUCCUUCAGCUCACAGUACACAAGGAUGGAAAGCCAGAUAUACUGGCCACAAUACACGAGGACCAGGGGUCAGGGGUGCGGACUAAAAAACAGGGUGUCUCCGGAGAAAGUUCCCCAUUUGGACAGAACUCUGUGGAACUCAAAUACUUUGACAAAGAUUUCAGGUCUAAACAGCUUAUUAAAGACGCCAUAUUAGAUAACGAUUUUCUGAAGAAUCUUGAGCCUACACAGCUCCGCGAAGUGGUAGAUUGUAUGUAUGCCAUCAACGUGAAGACAAGCCAUUACGUCAUCAAAGAGGGUGAUGACGGUCAACAUGUUUACGUAUCAGCAGAGGGAGAACUGGAAGUUAUGAAGGAUGGAAAAUUGUUGGGAAAGAUGGGACCUGGCAGGGCAUUCGGAGAACUGGCAAUUUUAUACAAUUGUACCAGAACAGCUUCAGUCAGAGCUGCCUCCAAUGCCCGGAUGUGGGUUCUAGACCGACGAGUCUUCCAGGCGAUUAUGAUGAAAACUGGUCUACAAAGACAAGAAGAAAAUAUUCGUUUUCUCAGAAGUGUGCCUUUACUGAAAAAGCUGCCUACAGACAAACUUGCCAAAAUUGCAGAUGUGCUUGAAGUUGAUUUCUUCCAUGAACACGAGUAUAUAUUACGAGAGGGUGAAACUGGUGAUACUUUCUUUAUCAUCCGAAAAGGAGAGGUCCGUGUCACACAAAAUGUAUCCGGAAAAGAAGAACCGCAAGAAAUACGAAUGUUGAAACGAGGGGAUUAUUUUGGCGAAAAAGCUCUGUUGAGUGAGGACAGGAGAACAGCCAACGUCAUUGCACUGCCCCCUGGUGUAGAGUGUCUAACAGUAGACAGAGAUUCUUUCAAUACGCUAAUAGGAGACUUAAACGAACUGAGGGAGAAGGACUAUGGCGACGAAGCUAGGGGCGCACAAAGGGUGAUUUCACCAUCAAUAGAAAACAGUACAGAAUCCAAUGAUUACGAAGGUCGUCAAUUGGAAGACGAAUAUUCACCAAUCAAACUUGAGGAUCUGGAGGUUGUGGUUACUCUUGGAAUGGGAGGCUUUGGAAGAGUGGAGCUGGUACAAGUAUCAUCAGACAGAAGCAAAACAUUUGCCUUGAAAUGCCUCAAGAAAAAACAUAUUGUAGAUACACGGCAACAGGAGCACAUCUUCUCAGAGAAGAAAAUCAUGUCUGACGCAAAGUGUCAAUUUAUAGCUAGGUUAUUUAAGACAUACAAAGAUAGAAAGUUUGUCUAUAUGUUGAUGGAGGUCUGUCUGGGAGGUGAACUCUGGACCAUUCUUAGAGACAGAGGUAGUUUUGAUGACCAGACAACACGGUUUUACGUGGCUUGUGUUGUUGAGGCGUUCCAAUAUCUACACAACCACGGCAUCAUAUACCGUGACUUAAAGCCAGAGAACCUCUUGCUCAACAACCAGGGUUAUGUCAAAUUGGUUGACUUUGGCUUUGCCAAAAAGAUUGGUGCUGGUCGUAAAACAUGGACUUUCUGUGGAACACCGGAGUAUGUAGCCCCAGAAAUCAUCCUGAACAAAGGCCACGAUCAUGCUGCUGAUUAUUGGUCUCUAGGAAUACUCAUGUUUGAACUACUAACAGGAAGUCCCCCAUUCUCAGGAGCAGAUCCUAUGAAAACAUACAACAUAAUCCUAAAAGGCAUUGAUGUGAUAGAAUUCCCCAAACGUAUUAGCCGUAAUGCACAUACUCUCAUUAAACGACUUUGCAAGGACAACCCAAGUGAAAGGUUGGGUUACCAGAAAAACGGCAUCACAGAUAUUAAGAAACACAAGUGGUUCCAAGGUUUUGACUGGGAUGGUCUCAACAGAACUUCACUUACUCCUCCAAUUGUACCAAAGGUAAAAGGUCCAGCUGACUUCAGCAACUUUGAUAAUUAUCCAAAAGACGUAGAUAUUCCUCCAGAUGAGAUGUCAGGAUGGGAUGAAAAUUUCUAAUAAAUAAAUGUACAUGUGGAAAUAACAAUUCCGUAUGACUGAACAUGUAGAAAUAACAAGUUCUAAUCAUAUCACGAGAUUAGACAUCAUACAUGUUGUUGAAAAUGAUCAGCAUUUCUAAAUUAUAUGAGAUUGGAAUGGAAUACGAGAUAUUGUUCUGCGUUUGAUAUGAGUUGUUUUGGAUAGACAUAACGGUACAUAACUUACUCAAAUAUCAAUGAUUAAGAAUAAAUGUAUUUAUCACUGUGACUUUAAAAGUUGGCCAUAAUGAAAUAUGCCGCUGAUGAAUCAUAAUUAGCAGCUGAAUAUAUUACUACUAUGACUGAAUAAGUAAUCAAAAAAUAUUUGCCGAUGUGUAUAAUCAAUUUUUAUUCACACACUAAAAAUUGGGUUUUACAUAUGAGUAGAGCUGGUGCUUACUAUGACCAUUGGGAUGAAAAGUCCACACAAUACUACUGCUACAUUUUGAGUCUUCAAACAAAGAAUAAAA